AAGAAAGAAAAUUUUCUAAUUAAUCUGUGAUUUCUGUGAUUUAUUAUUUUCGCUCGCAUUGAAUUUGCUAAGAAGCAACUAAGAAGUGCUAAAUGAGAUUGAAGAGAGUUUCGCAGCAAAAUAAUUGUUAUUAGCUUGAAUGCUAUUUGUUUGUUAAACAGCGAGCAACGCACAUUGAAUAAAAAUAUGAGUAGAUACUGAUUUCCAAGAAAAAAAAAAACAAAAAAAAACAAAGCAAAGGAAAAAAUAAAUAAACAAAUUCAUGUGCUUAGUGAAUUAAUUGAUAAUAAUUGAAUAGUAAAAUGUAUAUAUAUAUAACGCUUGUAAAUAAAUUCAUAAACAUAGAGUCAGCAAACUUGAAUAACAGAAUUGAAUAAGGAAACAACUGCAACAAGAUAAGCAACAACAAAACGUAUAACUAUAGAUUAAUAGCCAUACAAUGUCCACUGAAUAAUACAUACAUAUGUGCAUAACGACGGUGUACAUUUACCGAUCAUUUACACACAUACAUACAUAAAUAAUACUACGCCGAAUACCUUCGGGAUUACAACAUUUACGCCAGCGGAAAUUGGGAAAGAUUAUCGAUAGCGCUUCGCUAUUUUCUUAUUCAAGUAUAUGCAUAUACAUACAUAUGUCCUUAGAUAUACCAUAAACAUACGCAGAUAAUUAAUAUAAUCUUGCCAGUUCGUUCAUUCUGCCAAAGAACGAAAACUAAUUCUCCUCUGCUGUUAACGUCUACUUGGACAUCUCUUCUUUUAUAACACCGCCUUAUUUUUCCUCUAAUCCGUGUUCUUCUUCAAAAACGCAUUGAACGUUCGUGUCGUUAUUGUUAAAUGUAAAAUUGUGGAUUGAAUGCCACGUGGAUGAUGCGUCAAUCCGGAGAAAUGAGCGUAGUCGUGCAUCUGGUGUAGCACAAUUAUGGCCAAGCGGUCGUCUAUAAACUAUCAUAACUUGGAUACAUUGACGGUUGGCAGCGGCUCAGGAAGCGGCGCUAGCAGGGCAUCAACAGGGCUCCACAAGCGGGGGGCACUCGGGUCGAAGGGGAGCCCAUCGCUUAGCUGAUAGAAUGGGUGGCCCAAAGAAAGACGAUACACCACCCGGUGGUGGUCCAACAUCUUUAUUUAUCCUCACCGAGGAUAAUCCAAUUAGAAAAUAUACACGAUUCAUCAUUGAAUGGCCGCCCUUCGAGUACGCUGUGUUAUUGACAAUCAUUGCCAACUGUGUGGUGUUGGCUUUAGAAGAACAUUUGCCUGGGAGUGAUAAAACAGUAUUGGCUCUGAAACUGGAAAAAACGGAGACCUAUUUUUUAUGCAUUUUCUGUGUAGAAGCAUCGCUUAAGAUCCUUGCCUUAGGGCUCGUUCUGCAUAAACACUCCUACCUCAGGAAUAUUUGGAACAUCAUGGAUUUUAUAGUCGUGGUGACGGGAUUUAUGGCACUGCUCCCACAAAAAUGGAUUGAGGUAGAUCUAAAAACAUUAAGGGCUAUACGUGUGCUAAGGCCCUUGAAAUUAGUCUCUGGAAUUCCUAGUUUACAAGUAGUUUUAAAAUCCAUUAUAAAGGCAAUGGCGCCGUUACUUCAAAUCGGACUUUUGGUCCUGUUUGCGAUCGUUAUAUUUGCAAUCAUCGGACUCGAGUUCUAUUCGGGCGCACUACAUAAGACUUGUUAUAGUUUAGAAGAUCCAAGAAAAUCUGUUAAGGAAGGUGAAUCUGAGACACCAUGCUACUCGGAUAAUGCGACGGGGAAAGCAUCUGGUUCAUUUAUAUGUAAUUAUAACACGAGUAUGUGUCUGGAAAAAUGGGAAGGGCCGAAUUGGGGCAUAACUAGUUUUGAUAAUAUCGGCUUUGCCAUGUUGACUGUGUUCCAAUGUAUCACAAUGGAGGGCUGGACUGCAAUACUGUAUUGGACCAACGACGCUUUAGGUUCAACUUUUAAUUGGAUAUAUUUCGUGCCUCUUAUAGUUAUAGGCUCAUUUUUUAUGCUCAACUUAGUUCUCGGUGUUCUUAGCGGUGAAUUCGCUAAAGAACGUGAAAAAGUAGAAAAUAGACAAGAGUUUCUUAAGCUUAGAAGACAACAUCAGCUAGAAAGAGAGUUGAACGGCUAUGUUGAAUGGAUUUGUAAAGCUGAGGAAGUGAUCUUAGCCGAAGAACGUACUACCGAAGCGGAAAAAAUGCAUAUAAUGGAGGCGCGAAGAAGAAAUGCGGCGAAACGGAAAAAACUGAAAAGUUUAGGCAAGUCCAAGUCGACGGACACAGAGGAGGAGGAGGGUGAAGAAGAUUACGGGGACGAUGAGGGCGGUGAAAAAGGCGAUGAAGGAUACCUGAAAUCACGCCCGAAACCUCAAGGCAGCUGUACGGGCUUUUGGCGUGCCGAAAAGCGUUUCCGUUUCUGGAUACGACACACAGUGAAAACGCAGUGGUUCUAUUGGUUCGUCAUCGUACUCGUAUUUCUGAACACUAUGUGCGUCGCAGUAGAGCACUAUGGCCAACCGCAAUUCUUAACAGAUUUUUUAUACUAUGCUGAAUUUUCAUUUUUGGGUCUAUUUAUGUCGGAGAUGUUCAUCAAAAUGUACGCACUCGGACCUCGUACAUACUUCGAAUCGUCGUUUAAUCGUUUCGAUUGUGUCGUCAUUAGUGGUUCGAUAUUCGAAGUGAUAUGGUCUGCGGUGAAAGGUGGCUCAUUCGGUUUAUCCGUAUUGCGAGCACUACGUUUACUGCGAAUUUUCAAAGUGACCAAAUAUUGGUCGUCUUUGCGAAAUCUUGUGAUUUCGUUGUUGAACUCGAUGAGAUCCAUUAUUUCCUUACUGUUCCUGCUCUUCUUGUUCAUUCUUAUAUUUGCGCUAUUAGGCAUGCAAUUGUUUGGCGGGCAAUUUAGUUUUAAAAGCGGUACCCCCGAAACGAAUUUCAACACAUUCCCCAUAGCCUUACUAACAGUGUUUCAAAUUUUAACUGGUGAAGAUUGGAACGAAGUUAUGUAUCAGGGUAUUAAAUCGCAAGGUGGCUAUAAGAAAGGAAUGAUUUAUUCCGUAUACUUUAUCGUUUUGGUACUCUUCGGUAAUUAUACACUGUUAAAUGUAUUCUUGGCUAUCGCUGUCGAUAAUUUGGCGAAUGCACAAGAAUUGACUGCUGCCGAAGAGGAGCAAGUCGAGGAAGAUAAGGAAAAGCAAUUGCAAGAACUCGAAAAGGAAAUGGAGGCGCUGCAGGCGGAUGGUGUUCAUGUGGAGAACGGUGACGGCGCUACGUUGCCAAGCAAGGCGAAAAGUAAAAAGAAGGAAGAGGAGAAAAAAGAAGAAGAAGAAGUGACGGAGGGUCCAAAACCAAUGUUGCCAUAUUCAUCCAUGUUUAUACUAUCACCGACGAACCCUAUACGCCGCGGCGCUCAUUGGGUUGUUAAUUUGCGAUAUUUUGAUUUUUUCAUAAUGAUCGUCAUCUCAUUGUCAUCGAUAGCGUUAGCAGCCGAAGAUCCUGUUCGUGAGCAUUCCCCACGAAAUGAAAUAUUAAAUUAUUUCGAUUAUGCAUUUACCGGCGUAUUCACAAUAGAAAUGUUAUUAAAAAUUGUAGAUUUAGGCGUAAUAUUACAUCCAGGCAGCUAUUUAAGAGAAUUCUGGAAUAUUAUGGAUGCUGUGGUCGUUGUAUGCGCUGCUGUUAGUUUCGGUUUCGAUAUGAGCGGUAGCAGCGCUGGACAAAAUUUAUCAACCAUCAAAUCAUUGCGCGUCCUACGCGUCCUACGACCAUUAAAGACCAUCAAACGUGUACCAAAAUUGAAAGCCGUCUUCGACUGUGUAGUGAAUUCAUUGAAAAAUGUUGUUAACAUUCUAAUCGUGUACAUAUUAUUUCAAUUUAUAUUUUCCGUAAUUGGUGUUCAAUUGUUCAAUGGGAAAUUUUUUCAUUGUACGGACGAAAGUAAACAUACUUCCGAAGAGUGCCAGGGUUACUAUUUUAAAUAUGAAGAGGAUGAGUUACUUCCAAAGCAGGAGGAACGCAUUUGGCGGCCGAGAAGUUUCCACUACGACAAUGUAGCCGCGGCAAUGUUGACGCUCUUCGCAGUGCAAACAGGAGAAGGAUGGCCACAAGUUCUUCAACACUCAAUGGCUGCUACGUAUGAAGAUAGGGGUCCUAUACAAAAUUUCCGGAUCGAAAUGUCCAUAUUUUAUAUUGUGUAUUUCAUUGUAUUUCCAUUCUUCUUCGUGAAUAUAUUCGUGGCCUUGAUUAUCAUAACUUUUCAAGAGCAAGGCGAAGCUGAAUUGCAAGAUGGUGAAAUUGAUAAAAAUCAGAAAUCCUGCAUAGAUUUCACGAUAGGAGCACGUCCAUUGGAACGGUAUAUGCCCAAAAAUCGCAAUACUUUUAAAUACAAAGUGUGGCGCAUUGUAGUUUCAACGCCUUUCGAGUAUUUCAUAAUGAUGCUAAUUGUGUUCAAUACGUUACUGCUUAUGAUGAAGUACCACAACCAAGGUGAAAUGUAUGAGAAGUCAUUAAAAUAUAUCAACAUGGGAUUCACAGGAAUGUUCAGCGUGGAGACCGUAUUGAAAAUCAUUGGAUUCGGUGUAAAGAACUUCUUCAAAGAUCCAUGGAAUAUAUUUGAUCUGAUUACCGUUGUGGGUAGUAUCGUGGAUGCCCUUUGGAUGGAGUUUGGGCACGAUGAUUCGAACUCAAUCAACGUUGGCUUCCUGCGUUUAUUUCGUGCGGCGCGUCUCAUAAAAUUGCUCCGCCAAGGAUAUACGAUACGAAUCCUGUUGUGGACAUUUGUACAAUCGUUCAAAGCACUUCCAUAUGUCUGUUUGUUAAUAGCAAUGCUCUUUUUUAUUUAUGCCAUUAUUGGCAUGCAGGUGUUUGGGAAUAUCAAACUAGAUACAAUGGAAAAUACCAUUACUAGGCACAACAACUUCCAAUCAUUUAUACAAGGCGUCAUGUUGCUAUUCAGAUGUGCAACUGGCGAGGCGUGGCCGAACAUUAUGCUGGCGUGCCUUAAAGGGAGGCCAUGCGAUGAAGAGGCCGACAAGGGCAACGAAACAUGCGGCUCAACGCUAGCUUAUGCAUAUUUUGUAUCGUUUAUAUUCUUUUGCUCAUUUCUCAUGUUAAAUUUAUUCGUUGCUGUUAUUAUGGAUAAUUUCGAUUAUCUUACAAGAGACUCCAGUAUAUUGGGUGCCCACCAUUUGGACGAGUUCGUUCGUAUAUGGGCUGAAUAUGAUCCAAAUGCGACUGGUAGAAUACAUUAUACGGAAAUGUAUGAUAUGUUAAAAAAUAUGGAUCCUCCGUUGGGGUUCGGUAACAAAUGUCCCAAUCGCCUCGCCUAUAAGAAACUGAUUCGUAUGAAUAUGCCGUUGGAUGAUGAAAUGAGAGUACAGUUUACUACGACGCUUUUUGCGUUAAUACGUGAAAAUUUAAGCAUUAAAAUGCGAUCCGCGGAGGAAAUGGAUCAAGCAGAUAUGGAACUUAGGGAAACCAUAACGAAUAUAUGGCCUUUGCAAGCGAAGAAAAUGUUGGAUUUGCUUGUACCACCUAUAGACCAACUGAAUAAGGGGAAGCUGUCAGUUGGUAAAGUGUAUGCCGGUCUUCUGAUACUGGAGUCGUGGCGUACGACGCGGUUUGGACAAAUCGAUUCUGGCAUGCCGAAUUGGAAGGAGAAACAGUCAUUCUUCAAUUGCCUGCUCGAUAUGGCGGCUCUCGAUAAAGGCGGAUCGCGGCAGGGUUCAAUUUCUUAUGAGGCGAACGGCGAUGGCGGUGCCAACUCACAAACGCAUUUAUUAGCAAACAUAAAUCACCAUCACCUAAAUGGUGAUGCCGAACACAAUAGUUUGGCAUCAUUGGCGCGUCGGAGUACGAUCAAAAAGCGUUCAGUUAGAAACAAAAAGAUGCUGGAAUUACAGGAUGCUUCAAGACAUCCUUCUCAGGAAUCUUUAACCGGUGCCGAUGCUGGUCAUUUACAUCCUGGCCACGCGUAUCACAAUGGUCAUCACCGCCGAUCACCGAGCCUUAGACAUAACGGAUCUCCAUUGGCCAGAUCUCCAAGUCCUAGACGGCGAGGCCAUCAAUACAUACAUCAUGAUAUUGGGUUCUCCGAUACCGUAUCUAAUGUUGUAGAGAUGGUCAAGGAGACCCGUCAUCCUAGGCACGGAUAUGGGCAUCCGCGUUAUCCAAGAGGUUCAUGGUCAGCAUCGACAAGUCCGGCCCGUUCGCCUUCGCCUUCUCGUUAUGGUGGCCAUUAUUCGCGCAGUAGGCGUACAGAACUGCCUUUUCCCACAUAUGGGACAACAAGCCUAUGUCAGAGAUCACGUUCGCCGAGUCCCGCUCGACUUCAGGAGAUGCGUGAACGAGAUAGACUUGGUUAUGGGAUUGAUAUGGGUGGUACCCACGUACAAUACAGUUACCCAACGUUAGCAUCACGACGUGCGGGCAUGGGUAGACGUCUACCACCGACUCCAAGUAAACCAUCAACUUUACAACUGAAGCCGACAAAUAUCAAUUUCCCGAAACUUAAUGCAAGUCCGACACAUACACAUCACUCGACACCUCAUAGUGUUCAUUCUUUGCCACACCACCGUGAUCUGCUGCGAGAGCGUACUAUGUACCGCGAUCUGUAUAGUAGUAGAGAACGCGAUCGUGACCGAUAUCGAGAUCACUUACGCGACUAUGAUAUGAGAUAUGAAUAUCGAGAUCACGAGCGUGAACUAUAUGAGAGAGAGCGUGAUCGACAAAGGGAUUUCGAAAGAGAAAGACUGGAAUACAUAGCACCGCUAUCGUUUGAACAAGCGCUUGCUAUGGGCAGAACGGGGAGAGUAUUGCCAUCACCUGUUCUAAAUGGCUAUAAGCCAAAAGGAGGCUUACACGCACGUCACUCCGAUUCGGAUGAGGAGGACUGGUGCUAGCAAAGGCUUUGAUUGCGUAUGCGUAAUCGAA